AUGGCUGCGGAAGGACGCCUGGAUAUUGCUGCCAAGUACGCACGCUUCCCGGAUCUGAGUUGCGCGAUUUUGAAGGACCGCAUUUACAACGCGUACCCCACACAGGGCUACCAGCCACCUCCGUUCCCGUUCGAUGUGGUUCAGGUUCAGACGCAGGCACAGAUUCAGCAGCAACAGCAACAACGUCAGGCUGCUCAGCAGCAGAGAGGCUACGGUAACAAACCCGCAUAUGGAGCUGGAAGGAACCAGUAUGGUGCUCCUGCUGCACCAACGCCAACUCCUGCCGCCGCUCCGAUGCCUACGCCUGGCGCCUAUGGUGGCCAAGCUGCGGGUUAUCAACCGAAACAACAUACACCGGCUCCGACGCCAGCUUACCCUGGCCGUCCUGGUGGCUACCAGUCGGCACCUCAGCAACCAGCAUACCCGGCCACGCAUGGUCUGCCUCCGCAAGCGCAGCAGCCCGGUGGAUACCCCAACCAGCAGCCUGCAGGAUACCCGAACCAGCAGCAGCCCGCAUACCCAGGUCAGUCAACGCCGUCGCCAUACCCAGGAAACGCGGCGCCGACGCCAUUCCCGGGCCAAUCCACAGCUUCUCCAGCGUUCCCUGGCCAAGCGCAGCAGCACCAGCCACCCCCACAGCAGCCUGGUUACACCCGUCCGCAGCAGCCAGGCUUCCCAGGCCAGCAUCUGCCCCAACCAGGUUUCCCGUCAGGCCCCCCGUCGUCGUCAGGUAGCCGUCAGCAGAUGUACUCAGGUCCUCCGUCUACAGGCGCACCUCACGUGUCCGGACCUUCUCCGGCGUACGGUGGUGCUCCUCGUCCCGGAACAGGCUUCGGCGCGCCACCUGCCCCAGCUUCUCCAUCCAUUCCUCAAGGUACGGGGAUAAAUCCACUUGCUGCUGCGAUGGGGUCAUCGCGCAUUGCCAAGCCUUCUGUUGAUAUGAGCUCCCACCAACGCGAUGGGUUCGUCAGCAGUGUGGGCAACAAGGAACUGACUCUGAAAUAUGGGAAUGCUACCACAGCCUCUCUCUCGCCCGUUGCAAGCGCUGCCCCGAAGGUUGGCGAGUUCCCUCCGGAUGUUGUGCCCGGUAGCACAGAGAACGUCGGUCCACAGGAUCUCCCUAUUGUAAACGCGUUCAACGACCUCGUGAGUCAACUUCAGGGCCUCCCUCUCACUAUGAUGGAACAGAAGCAACUGCAGGAGAUUCAGAAGGGCAAGGAGAUCAUGUUAACCAAGCUCAACAUCGGCGCUUUGUCGCCCGACGUUGUGUCCCGACUGCAUGAGAUGGUGGCGUGCUUCGGACAGCGCGAUUUUGGCAGCGCACAGACCAUCUACGUGGCUCUUACGGCCUCAGAUUGGGCGCAACACAAGGACUGGCUGCGUGGACUCAAGUCACUCAUCCACAUCUCCAUGAAGCGUUUUAGAUAAGCAGUCCACACAGGCGAAUGUGGGUACAGGACAGUAAGCAGAUACAGGUCACCAAGUGAAGUGAUCGCAUAGGUCCACCGUGAGCCCAAUGCAGAUAAAACUAGGAAGUGUUUGUGAGCCUUGUAGCUGCGUGCAGAGUCCUACUACGUACGUGUACGUAGUCGAGCGUAGAAUCUAUCUAGCGAGCCGCACUGUAGACGAAUCUGGAUGUAUGCAACGAGUGGUUCGGGACCCGAAUCGGGUACAGCU